AUGAAAAAUGAAUUUUCACUGCGUGUUUUCCAGGAAGGAGAGCAAGCUGAAGCACCUGCAGCGGAACCACCACCACCGGAACCAACACCGACUCCAGAACCGGCGCCAACGCCAACUCCUCCGCCAACGGCACCCGCAGCAGCCCCUGCACCGUCACCAGUUGUAUCAUCAGCACCUCCAGCCGAAGGUGGAGUUCCAGCAGUCGAAGGUGCUCCGCCAGUAGACGGAGCACCAGCUGCACCAGGUGAAGGUGCACCUGCAGCAGCCCCCGCGGAAGGCACUGCACCACCUACGGAAGAUGCUGCGCAAACAGCAGAAGGCGCAGCACCACCAGUUGAAGGAGCUGCGCCACCGGUAGAAGGAUCUGCACCUGCGGAAGAAACAGCUUCGUUAGCGGAAGGUGCACCUGCUGAAGGAGUACCCCCAGCCGAAAGUUCUGCACCUUCUGUUGCUUCUAUAGAAGGUGCACCUGCUGUAGAAGGGACGUCAGCUGCGCCCCCAGCGGAAGGUGCGGCACCAGCGGAAGGAGCUCCCGCGGCGCCGGCGGCGGAAGAAGCUCCUCCGGUCGAAGGAGCCGCUCCUCCAGCGGAAAAUGCAUCAGCCGCUCCGACUGAAGGAGACGUUUCAGCACCCGCGGACACGAAACCCGCAGUUCCAGUGGAAGUUGCACCCGCGCCACCCGAAACUAAUCUAGUUAUGAUAUUGCGAGUUACGAUCCGCAUCAGAGGCAAUCCCGUGCUAAAGAGCGCGAAAUACAUCAUGAACGGUAUGUCAAUGCCACCAAAAGUAUAAAACGCAACGGACUAAAAAAAAAUCAUCGCACGCAACAAACUAAAAAAAAAAACAAAACAAAACUCUAGUAAUCAUAAGCAUGUCGCAGACGAACUAAUUAUCGCGAACUAAUUGCGCGUGCCGAUUAUCGAUCAUCAUCUACUGGCCACCAUACAAUUUUGGAGGAAACAACUUCGACGAGGACCUCUCCUCGACUUUAUCAUCGGCUUAUCAUCUUAGCUCUAGUUAAUAAUUCUACAAUUGCGCACGCAGCGCUCGCCUCUUAUAUAUACAUAUGCGUUAAUAUUUUCUCUUUUUAUUCCACGUGCAGCACCCGCGUCGUAACUGAAAGAGGGGACGAGAGGUCAUCUUGUCAUCGCAUAGUCUCCUCUCGUUGACGCCAAACUUUGUGGAACAUCUACACAACCAGCACGAUAAAGACACGGAUGGAUGCGGUGGAACCAGUGUCAUGGGACCCACCAACGUCUCGCGCGGCUCGCGCUUUUCUUGUCGUCAUCAUCAUUAUCAUUACCAUUAUCGCCAGCAUCGUUACCGUCUCCACCGCCGCGGCCGCCGUCGCCGUUGUCGCCGCAGUCGCCUCCAUCGCUCACGUCUUGCAUAUUCAUCACUCAUACAUCACGAAAACUCGCACGUGCCGCACGAGGUUUAAAGGGGAGGGGGAAAGAACAAAAAGAAAAGGAGUGAAAUGUAUGCACGGGAAAGGGUCGCGUGUCACGGACACGAUAUGUCUUGUGGCCGAGAAACGCCGGCUCGACGUGAAGCCCAUAUUUUCGCCUCAUAUCCGUUAUGAGAAACACGAACCUGCGCGUCAUUAAAAUGCUGAGCAUAAGAAGGGCGGUUGGGAGGGAAGGAAAGGAAUACUGUCCUCACUCGACAAUGUCGCGAUCGCUAAUAGAGAUUAUGUCGGGCGGUGAUACACUUGCACACAUUUCGUCACGUUCGCUCGAGAGCAUCCAACAACAGACAACUUUUCCACCGCGCACAAUCAAACGGUCGCUCUACUCGUCGUCGCUUUACUCGACGGAGAAUAACUAACUCCUGGAAUUCUGUAAAUAAUCCACGGCACGUCUCUCACGUCACAGUUCCCUUUACACGCGCAUUGAUACCGGAAACAGCUUCUGUACACGAGAAAUUGGAUUUCGUAAUAAAAACUUUUCUUCGAC